CACUCUUGCAAAACAAAACACAAAGUCUCUUCACUUUUAUAUUCUGCAGAGACCCAAUAAUCAAAUCAAAGUUGGGUUUCGUAUCUCUCUCUACUUCUCAAUCACUCUGAUAGAAUAGAAGUUGCAAGCUAAGCUUGGUUACAACUUUCUUCAAUUCAAUCUCUAUCUCUGAUUUUCUUCACUUUUGUCCACAUAUUCUAACAUUGAAAAAUGGUCCACCUUCAUUUAUAUGUGCAAUAUCUGGUUCAGCAGUAACCAAAAGGGUCUUUAUUUUUGUUUAUAUAUAGCAUCGCCAUUUACCAGUCUCUGAAGUCUGAACAAGAGAAAAACAAAACAAAGCUAACUUGGAAAACCAAAGCCAAAGCCAAAACCAAAACCAAAACCAAAACCUCACUGUUGAGUGAGUGAGUGAGUGAUUUCUUUUUUCUUUCCUGCUUUUGCGGCUUCUCGCCGCCUUUGCCGUUCGGUUCUGCCUUUUUCUGCGCCAAUUGGUGGCGCGCAUUAAAGCGGUGCUGCUUUUAUUAUAAAAACUUUGCUCAGUUUUCAAUCUCUACUCAGUGUCAACAACAACAGCAAAGUUCAAACUCUCUGUGAAGGCAUUCAAUAACACAAAGGCCGUUUUGGUUUUGGAAGAUACUUAGAGGGUAAAGCGGUUGCAUAUUCUUCAGCCUUUUGGAGAAAGAGACAUCACACGGUAAGAUCCUUCAUCAGAAGAAAUGGAAACAAUGUUGCCUCAGAAGCAAGCAGAGGAAGCAAUAGUGGCAAGCCUUAACGAGACAGAGAGUGAAGUUGGGGGUGUGAGGGAAGAAGAGAAGGAGUUGCAAGAUCACUCUGGGUUCAGUAUCAAGAACUUACUCUGGCAUGGAGGCUCUGUUUGGGACGCAUGGUUCAGCUGUGCUUCAAAUCAAGUGGCUCAAGUGCUGUUGACACUUCCCUGUUCUUUCUCUCAACUUGGCAUGCUAUCAGGGAUCUUGCUUCAGAUUUUCUAUGGAAUCAUGGGAAGUUGGACAGCGUAUCUAAUAAGUGUCCUCUACAUGGAGUACCGUGCCAGAAAGGAAAAAGAAAAUGUCAGUUUCAAGAACCAUGUCAUUCAGUGGUUUGAAGUGCUUGAUGGGUUGCUGGGUCCGUAUUGGAAAGCGGUGGGGUUAGCCUUCAACUGUACUUUCCUUCUCUUUGGAUCUGUGAUUCAGCUUAUAGCAUGUGCAAGUAACAUUUACUACAUAAACGACCACUUGGAUAAACGGACUUGGACUUACAUCUUUGGAGCUUGCUGUGCCACCUCCGUGUUCAUACCCUCCUUCCACAAUUACCGUAUUUGGUCUUUUCUUGGACUUGGAAUGACCACUUACACUGCUUGGUACUUGGCUAUAGCAGCUCUCCUUCAUGGCCAGGCAGAAAAUGUGACACACACGGGUCCAAAAAAGCUAGUGCUGUACUUUACCGGAGCCACCAACAUACUGUACACGUUUGGUGGACAUGCAGUUACUGUAGAGAUUAUGCAUGCCAUGUGGAAGCCACAGAAGUUUAAGUACAUAUACUUGCUGGCCACUUUGUACGUUUUCACACUAACGAUUCCUUCUGCUGCUGCCGUUUACUGGGCUUUUGGUGAUGAACUUCUCAAUCAUUCCAAUGCCUUCUCCCUCCUCCCCAAAAAUGGUUUUCGUGAUACUGCUGUAAUCCUCAUGCUCAUUCACCAGUUUAUCACGUUCGGUUUUGCUUGUACUCCACUGUACUUUGUCUGGGAGAAGGUAAUUGGGAUGCAUGACACAAAAAGCAUUUGUCUAAGGGCACUUGCAAGGUUGCCAGUGGUGAUACCAAUAUGGUUUUUUGCCAUAAUCUUCCCUUUCUUUGGACCCAUCAACUCUGCAGUAGGAGCUCUUCUGGUUAGUUUCACUGUCUACAUCAUCCCCGCCUCAGCACAUAUGCUCACUUACAGAAAAGCCUCUUCAAGACAGAAUGCUGCAGAGAAGCCUCCUUUCUUUAUGCCAAGCUGGACUGCAAUGUAUGUGUUCAAUGCAUUUAUUGUGGUGUGGGUUUUGGUGGUUGGGUUUGGGUUUGGAGGAUGGGCCAGCAUGUCCAACUUCAUCAAGCAAAUUGACAAUUUUGGGCUCUUUGCCAAGUGCUACCAAUGCAAGGGUCCAGCUCCACCAGCCAUGGCAGCAGCACCACCCCCUCACGGCCAUCAUCACUGAGUUCAACUCACUCACUACCACAACAACAAAAUAGAGAUUUCAGCUGAAAUUAAGAUAUUGUAUCAUACAUGGGGAGAAUCUUAGUGACACUCCCUUUAAUUUGAUGUGUGUGCUGGUUGUGUUUUGCUGCAACUUUUUUUUUCUUCUCUUGUUACACUAUAGGUUUUCCUUUUCCCUUUGAGAUUAGUUGAUUACAAUUUUAAAAUAGUGUGGCCAAUGGGUAUGAUGAUUCCUUUGCUAUGAAUGCAUCGGCUAAUUAAUUUACCUAUGUUUUGGUUUCUUCUCA